UGCGCUUAGUAUGCCAAAAUACUGUCGGCAGCUGGGCGUGAUUGAUUGUACACUGUAAAGGUUUGCAGUAGCGGAAUUGUGUGAAUAUUUUUCACAACAGGAAGUGGGUAUGAAUCCAGUACUAGUUUUGGCUAUUUGCUGUGCGGUGGCUAAUAAAUUUUAUUACGUACGAGCCCAGCCGAAUAUUUUCGAACAAGGCCUUAGUGUUUUGGCUGGAGCGGUUGCCAGGGGAAAGGAAAUCAUUGAGCAUGGUGUCAAUGUUAAAUCCGAACGAUCAGAAAGCUUUGAUUUCUUUGGUUUAAAGCUUGGCACAAACAACGGCAUCAACACAGGAUUCGGGGAUUCCGCGACGGAAAAAUCUUUGAGUAGCGCUGAAGAUGACUUGGUACGCAAGAAGCGUUCGUUAGGAUUGCUCCGCCCAAUCGGAAUUCUUACGAACACAGCGGCUGGGGCUAACAUUAAUUUGGUGACGAUCAAUUCGGUCAUUAACAUAAACAACAACUACGGAUCGGCUACGGAAGCAAGUACUACCGCUUCUUCGAAGCGUAAGAGACGUAUAAUAUCUGAACACGAUUCUCCGAAAAUUUUAGAAACAAUUGAUGAAACAAUUUCUUAUUUUACCACUAAGAGUGAGCUCAAAUUUGAUGGUAAUCUUAACGGAAUUUCAGUUGAUGAAACCCGUGGAGUGCGUUUAAAUAGACUUCUCCUAAACAGGAAUCCGCGGAACGAUCAUUUCAUCCGUAACAGAAGAUCACUUAUUCAGCGCUCAGUUAUGAAUCCGAAAUCGAUUGAACAAAUGAAGAAGUACAGUCUUGAACAUAAACCAGGAUUAUCAACGUUCAAACAGUCAGUGCAGAAACUCGAUUCCUAUGAUAACUUCGAAACUCUAACUCAAGCAGGCGAAUCCCACUUCAUCCGAUCGAAACGAUCGCCUCAGCAAACCACCACCGAUGUAAGUGUACCGGAAGGUUCAACAGAACGACCGCGAGGUGGACCACGAAGGGAUGGGCCACCUCCGGGUCCUGGUCGUCAUGGGGGACCUCCGGGUGCCCACGGUAAGGGCAAACAUCAUGGUGGACCCUGUGGUUGUAGAGGACAGGAUCCACCACCUCCACCUGGAGAAAACGAUGGUGGUGAAGUCAUAGAAGCUGAACUUGAGACGAUGCAGAAUGGUACCAAACAAAAGCGAGAAAUAGCCGGUUCGGAUUCAGCUGGACCAAAUGGGACCGGUUUCGAUUCGGGACGAUCUUAUAGUUCUGAUUCGAGUGGCGAUGACAGUGAAGAGAGUGCGUCCACGGAGGAAUAUAUAAGCUCUGAAAUGAUUGAGGGGGACGGCGCAAGCAAAAAGAAACAACCGCGGAAUAAACGAUCACCCUGCGGUAAAGGUGGUCGGAUGACAUCUACCGCUAUGCCCGAUGAUUUGCAGAGAACGAAAAGAGAUGUUUCUCCGGAGGAGGGUGCAGAGAAAGCAAGUUCGUGGUUUUCAUCAAUUAUAGAUGUUAUAGUGAACUCUGCUAAAAAACUGGCAGAAGUAACGAGGAAAGUUUUUGCUAGAGAUAAGCCGGACCAGAUGGAGGCUAACCCGGAUGCAGAGACAAUAUAAUGUUUUUCUUGUGUGUGUACCUAAUUAGAUACAGUUUAGCAAA